AAAAGUGCAAAAUUCAUAUAAGCUUAUUAUCAUAUUAUUGUUUUUAUAUUUUUUUGAGUAUUUUUUAUAAUAAUGACACAAAUGAAAUUUCCACCAUUAAAAAAUGAUUUGAUUUUAAAAGCUAUAAGAGGAGAAUCUACAGAACGUAUUCCUAUAUGGAUAAUGCGUCAAGCUGGAAGAUAUCUUCCAGAAUUUCAAGAGAUCAGAUCAAAACAUGAUUUUUUCUCUAUUUGUCAAACACCUACAUUAGCUUGUGAAGUAACUUUACAACCUAUAAAACGAUUUGAUUUAGAUGCUGGUAUUAUCUUUUCCGAUAUCUUAGUUAUUCCACAAGCAAUGGGUUUAACUGUUGAAAUGAUUCCUGGAAUGGGACCAGUUUUACCCAAACCAUUAAAAGAUCCAACAGAUUUGGUUAGAUUAAUUCAACCAAAUGUAGAAAAAGAUUUAAAAUAUGUAGGAGAUGCUAUAACUUUAACAAGAUAUAAACUAGAAGGGAAAGUACCCUUAAUUGGAUUUACAGGUGCAGCAUGGACAUUAAUGAGCUAUAUGAUCCAAGGUGGAGGUAGUUCCACAAUGAUAAGGGCACGAGAAUGGUUAUAUAAAUAUCCAGAUGACUCUCAUAAACUUUUACAACUUAUUACAAAUGUCAUAAUAGAUUAUCUUGUAAUGCAAGUAAAAGCUGGAGCACAGUUAUUACAAGUAUUUGAAAGUCAUAGUGAUUUCCUCAAUGAUGAAUUAUUUGAAAAUUACUCAUUUAAAUAUUUAAAAGAAAUUAGUGAAAAAGUCAGACAGCGUCUAAAAAAAGAAAAUAUUCCUGAAGUACCAAUGAUUGCUUUUCCUAAAGGUGCAACUAUAAAUUCCUUGGAAAUGUUAGCAAAAUCUAAAACUUAUGAAGUAUUAGGUUUAGAUUGGACAAUUGAUCCUAUAGAAGCAAGAAAAAAAUUUGGUUCUGAAAUUAUUUUGCAAGGAAAUUUUGAUCCAUGUGCACUAUAUGGUUCUGAGCAAGAAAUAAUCAAUCGUGCAAAAGAUAUGGCAUUGAAAUUUGGUAAAAUUCGAUAUAUAGCAAAUUUGGGACAUGGAAUUUUACCAGAUACACCAAUUGCAUCAGUUACUGCUUUUAUCAAAGGAAUUCAUUCAAUAUAAUUUAUUUGCUUGUGUAUUUAUUAUAAAAUUUAUAAUAAAAUACUGUUGAUAUAUUUA